AUGUUGAGACCACUAAAGCUGGCGAAGCCAGGCUUUUCCUUUUUAUGGAGCAUGAUCACGGGUCCUACCACCCUCACUUUUGUUGAUGUAAUCAUCAAAAUAUUCCAUAAAGUUAAAAACCUCAACACCCGUUGUGCCAUUCGUUGUGGCAGUCUAAUUAUGGUCAUUGCUUGCACCAUCAUGGAGCAAUCUCUUCUGGAGUACACCAUUUUUCCGGGUGAAUCCUUUCAUAUGACCCUGCAGAACCAUCGGGCAAUGCACAUGUUACGUCCUACUCUGGGUGGGAAUGUCUUGAUGCUAGGACGAUCCACUUAUUUCAAGGUCACUAGUCCUGAUGACAUCGCCCUCGCUGAUCCCAUUAGUGAGACUAUGUGGGUUCUUCCAUCGAACAUUCCACUACCUUUUUGCUCACGCAGGUCACAGCAGGCACCUGCGCGUCCACAUUCUGACCCACCAUCUUUGUCCACUAUGCACCCUGAUUACACAGACGCCACCUCACUCUCCUAUAGUCAGCCUGAUCCCAUGCAGACUGACUUUCAUGAGGAGCCCCAACGCACCCAACCACCUCACCCUGACCUCAUUUCCCCUUUCACUCACCUGCACUAUCUUGAUAUCCGCCAUGAUAUUGUUGCCCUUCAAAAGAGUACGACUGGUCUCCGCCUAUAUUACCAGCUUUAUAGUACCCAGGUUUUUGGGUUUCGUAAUGAGGUCUUAGGUUAUCGUGAGGAUUUCGCAGACUUCCACAAGGAGUUCUGUCGCUGCUUUUCCAUCCUCACCCGAGUAGUCAUUUUCCACUCCUCCUAA